AAACUAGAAUAAGACAAGAUGUCAUUGCAGGUGCCCUAAUACGGUGACUAAACUAAUAAGAACUAAAAGGAUAGCAAUUUUACUAACACAAUAAAGGGAAAUAGGCAAACGGGAGGUACCAAAUUCCCGUGAGUAUAACCCGGGAAUUAUCUUAGUAUACUCGACUAUAUUGCGUCCACCUAGCUCGUUCGCGUCCAGCUCCUGUCGUUCCUUGCUGAUACUCGGGUUGUUCUUCACUGUUUGUACGUGCCCGUUUCGCUCGCUGCCCAAAGCCACCUGAAAAAUAGCUUGACCUCACCGGACAAGAAUCCGCACCUCUGGCUUGAAGACGGGCCUGGUUUGUGUGUCACCACGGCACUACAACCAGGCCCAAAACCUGACCAACCAGGCCCAAAACCUGACUGUGGUUGUUCCCACUCGCCGGCGACUGAUCCGUGUCUCGCCGGAGUAAUAGGGGGAGAAGACAAGACGGGAAAGGAGGAGAGGUAGGGUGAGAGAGAAUGGCGGAGAGAGAGAGAGGGGUGUUGGAUGAUGGGAAGGAGAAAGGGGUGAGGGGACUUACCUGGGCGGAGGGUGGUCGCCGGCGACUGAACUAGUCGCUGUUGAGAUCCUCUUAUGUUACCGUUGGCAGAGAGCAUUAACACGAUUCAGAUUAAACAUUCGGGUUAACUUCUCCCGGCGGGAGUACGCAGAUACAAGGAAUGGGUCGACCGGAGCCCUGUGUACUCUUUGCCCAAACUUUCGUCCAGCCUCAACUCGAUGAGUAUGUUGACGAGGUGCUAUUCCCAGAGCCGGUCGUAGUCACUGCUUGCGAGUUUCUUGAACAGAAUGCCGCUUCUGCUUGUUCUUCACUCAAGCUUGUGGGGGCCACUUCCCCACCUUCAUUUGCUUUGGAGGUUUUUGUCCAAUGCGAGGGAGAGACAAGGUUUAGGCGUCUAUGUCAACCUUUCCUGUAUUCUCAUUCUUCGUCAAAUGUGCUUGAAGUUGAGAGAGAGAACAUGGUUCUCUGUUUGACUCUGGAUCUUCUAGUGUCUUUGGCAAGAGAAAGCUGCUAUCAUUUUGUUAAUUGUGGUGGCAUGGAGCAGCUUGGUUAUUGUUUUGUUAGUAGCUUGCAGAACUCUAGUGCUCUCAAAUUGCUGCACCUUGGAGUUAUUGAACAGGCAACUUCUCAUUCAGUUGGCUGCGAAGGUUUCCUUGGAUGGUGGCCUCGUGAGGAUGAAAAUAUACCUUCUGGUACUAGUGAGCGAUACAAUCAAUUGUUGAAGUUAUUAUUGCACAAUCUGCGGCAUGAUGUAGCCUCUCUUGCUACUUAUAUACUUCAUCGUUUGCGGUUUUAUGAAGUUUCUUCUAGAUAUGAGUGCUCCAUAUUGUCUGUCCUGGGAGGUCUUUCUGGCUCUGGUCAGGCUACAAGUGCCACCAUGGAUAUACUUGCCAAUGCUAAACUUCAACUCAAGAACUUCUUGAUUCUUCUCUGGUGGCUUGUGCAAGUAAAUCUUUGGUUCUUGGUGAUGCUGGACAAUUAUUCAACCAGUCACUUGAUAACUCAGUCAAGUUGUUGCUUUUCUAACAAUGACAUGGAUCAGCAUUUGCUUUCCCUUCUGAAGGUAUAUUUUAAUCAACUCUUAGUGGUCAAGAAGUGUUAUCUAUGCCUCUGUCUCCUAUAUUUUGGUUAAACUGUUUUAGUAACUCAGCGAAGAAUUUAGGACCGUAAAGGAAGAUUUUUACUUCUAGGCAACUUGAAUGCCUAGA